AGACUUAUCUCGAAAGCUCGCCAGGACUGAUGCUCAUUAUCACUAUCAGGAACCUGAUAGACAAAACUCAGGGAUGACAUAGUGCACGUAUAAGCGUCCCCCGCAAGGCAGCCUGGGAAAAACAGGCUGUUGUAAACAUGGCGGCCAUGGCGGGUAGGCUUCUGUCCUUCAGUAAAAAUGCUAAGGUGCUUGCUUCACCUUUGAAGCUUGCUGCUUUACCGGUCCACCGGUACAGCUUGGACGUCUCUAGUACCGGCGAAGCAAUCACUCACACCGGCCAGGUGUUUGAUGAAAACGAUCCCAGAAGAGCCAGAUUCGUUGGUAGACAGAAAGAGGUGAAUAAAAACUUUGCCAUCAAAUUGGUGUCAGAGGAGCCAGUGACUGACAUUGAGGCCAGAGUGGUGUCCUGCGAUGGUGGUGGAGGGGCCCUGGGCCAUCCCAAAGUCUACAUCAACCUGGAUAAAGACACAAAAGUUGGCACAUGUGGCUACUGUGGAUUACAGUUCAGGCAGAAGCACCAUCACUGAAUUGUUUCCUUAAUCUUUGCUUCUCUGUAUAAAUUGCAUAUUGGUAAAUAAAUUAUAUGCUGUCUGUCCAUCAGAGAGUCUAUCUUUUUAA